ACUAGGUAUGAAUUAUUUAAACCGACCAUUGGAAAAAUCCUUAUCUGUAUGAGAUAAAUAUUUUAUGUGGUUUAAUAAAUUUUACUUUAACUUCGUAGAUUUUUGUAAAUGGUGAAAAAUACGUUACAACAACAAUUUGUAAACAUCCCAUUCACUCCUAUAAAGAAAAAUUAUGUUAUACUGUAGAGGCUUAAUACGAAUUGGUGUCAUUUUAAAAUGUAAUUGAGUGAUUUUUGCUAAUACCAAUACUGCCCUUCUAUAGUGAAACGCAGGAUUUACAAAAAUGCAAAUGUUGGGAAAAUGGGUUUUUCUUAUGUUUUAACUUUUUUGAUUUUUUACAAUAUUAUUCAAUAUUUUUUUUUUUUUUCGGUUAAAUCGAGGACCGGAGGAGGAACCGCGUUAGCAUUACUUCCCCUACAUUCAAUAUUGUUUUGAUCAUUGUAGUUAUUUACCUCAGAAAUCAUUACAACUUCAAUUAAACAGGCAGUAUCAACCUGGAAUUAAAAUAUAUGUUAAGUGUAUUUCAAUUCGUGGUAUCCAAGGUUUAUCUAUAAACUUUGCGUGGUAUCAAUCAUACACUUAUUUUCUAAUAUAAGCAUGAAUUAAGAUAUGGGUAACCUAUAUAUGCAUAUCUUAAUUCGUGAAUAUAAGUGAUAACGAUCACGUAAUGAUAUCAAAUUUCGACUAAUCAUAGUAAGGAACAACUCAUUGAAUUAUGUAUACUUUAUGGAAUUAUAAAAUGUAAUUAUGGAAUUUAAAAUAUUGUCAUUCAAUUAUAAAUGUAUAAACAUGUAUAUACUGCUUGUUUGCUUACUGUUAGUCAGAUAGGUAAUAUAAGGUCAGAUAAGGUUACAAGAUUCAUAUAUGAAUUAUGAAUACGCAGAAUGACGUAUAGGUACUGCCAAAUAAAUGUACUAAAUGAUUAUGCAAUAACUACAUAACAUAGUUGUAUUGUGAUUUUUUCUAGAAUAUAUAAUUUACUGCUUAUGUGUCUGGUGAUAUUAUGAUAGAUACUUCAUAAUAGAGUUACACCAAAAACCAAAAUCGAUUUUGUGGAAAACCGAUUUUGCGUAAAAAUUCCCGUUUUUUCCUUAAUUUUUAUGUUGUUUUUCCCGGCUCUUUUAAAAACUAUUGGAAAUUUUAAUCUUCCCAAUGCACCAACGAUAUUCACUUUACCAUCAAACAAGAUACUAAAGUUGAAAAUCCAAUCAUUUCGACUACUUAUCGUGUACACAGACACAAAAAAAAUAAAAAAAAAAUACACAUCAUUGUAAAAUCAAUACAUUCAUCGUUGAACUCAGAAAUCUAAAACGUUUUGUUAAAUAAAAAUAAAAUUUGCGUUACUUUAAGUAAUACACUCAUUUAGUUGUUUUAUACAGUAAACGAUUUGACGUUUUCGUAAUAUAAUAAUAUUAUACCUAUAGGCUAUAUAUUAAAGCCGGAUUCCCACGACUGGUGUACUUGCCAAAUACGCCAAUAAUUGUACAUUUGGCCAGUGCACGAUGAGGGUGUUCACACGACUGGUGUACUUGACAAGUAGGCCAAUACUUGAGCACUUGUACAAGUAGCCAAGUACACUGUUCCCACUGCUGGCUGUUAAAGCAAAUAUUGGUGGUGGGGGGCACACUUAAAUAAUAAUAUUUUCACUUUUUUGUUUUUGUGAAAUUUAAGUUAGAAAUUAGUCUAGUCCUAAUCGUUGUGUGGUAAAGACUUAGGUAACAACUAAAUAGUUUAUAAUUUAUUAUUGUAAUUUAACACAAUUUAAUAAAUAAUUUAUUGGACUAUGAUAAGUGAAAACGACAAAGCACUAGUUUGUGCUUCAUUUAUUGUUAUGUGUGGUGAAUAUUUAAAAAAUAAGAAAAAAGUCAAAAGUCCAAAAAAGAGAAGGUGGUGGAUGACGACAAUACAUCAAAGUCGUAACAAGUACAAUGCCACAAAUCUCAUGGAGGACCUAAGACGAGAACCAUCUGGUAAAUUUGAAAACUUUUGCAGGAUGUCAGCCACUGACUUUGAAUUUUUACUUAGUAAAAUUGGACCAGUAAUUAAAAAAAAUGAUACAAUUAUGAGAGAAGCAAUCCCUGUACAAGAAAGGUUAGCAGUGACACUCAGGUUUUUGGCUUCUGGUGACAGUUUUAGAAGUUUAUCUUACUUAUUUAAAUUUUCUUCCCAAACUGUUUCCCGAUGCGUGUUUGAUGUUUGUGACGCAUUGAUAGAUGUACUUAAGGAUGAAAUCAAGAUACCACAAACCACGGAAGAGUGGAAAAUUAUCGAGAAAGAUUUUUCCGAAAAAUGGAACUUUCCUCAUUGUUGUGGAUCCAUAGAUGGCAAACAUGUUGUUAUUCAGUCACCUAUACAUAGUGGCUCUGAGUUCAUAAACUAUAAAGGAACAUUCAGUGUAGUUUUGUUUGCUUUGGUGGACGCUAAUUACAAUUUUUUAUAUGCAAAUAUUGGAUGCCAAGGGAGAAUAAGUGACGGUGGUGUGUUUAAAAAUACCGCUUUGAACAAAAGUAUAGAACAAAAUGAGAUUAUGUUUCCACCUGAUGAACCAUUACCUUUAAGAGAAUUGCAUGUCCCGUACUUGCUUGUUGCGGAUGAUGCAUUUGCAUUUACUCCGCGUAUAAUGAAACCGUACUCCGGAGUGUAUGAAAAAGGUAGUAAAGAAAGAGUAUUCAACUAUCGGCUAUCUCGUGCCCGACGUGUUGUUGAGAAUGUGUUUGGGAUAAUGUCCUCAGUAUUUCGAGUAAUGAGAAAACCAAUGUUACUCGAACCCGAAAAAGUAACAAAUAUUACCUUAACCUGUACAUUGUUACAUAAUUUUUUAAGAAGAAGUAAAACUUCCUCUUCUAAAUAUUCACCAAAUGGGAUAUUUGAUAUAGAAAAUGAAGAAGGGCAGAUUAUUCCUGGUACGUGGAGACAAGAACAGAAUAGCAUGGCAUCAUUACUACCCAUUCGCAACAUACCCAGAAGACCCGGAGCGGAAGCUAAAAUAAUAAGAGAUGAAUACGCAACAUAUUUUUCAACAAACGGAAAAGUACCAUGGCAAGAUAAAUAUUAAUAUAUUAAUGUAAUUUUAAAUACCAUCUUAGUUAGGAAUUUUUAAUAAUUUAAUUUAUAUAUUACCUAUCGACUAUCAAAUUAUAUUAUUUGCAUAUAAUAAUACACUGUCUACGUACAAUCUACAUCCGUACAUUAUAAUACAUAAUAAUAACAGUAUGAUUUAUUUUAUAGUACCUAUAUUAUAACAACGUUAUAGCUAGGUAAAUAAAUAAGGACAUUUUUUAUUUUAAGACUGUAUAACAAAAUAUUCUGAAUAUUUUAUUUUAUAAUAAAUUAUA